AUGGCACCUCAAGAACUUCGAAGUCUCAUUCCAUCUAUCCAUAAGAGAAAAACUCUCCGUGAAAUCGCUCUCGAGACCAAUAAAACCAAUCCCUCACAACUAGGCGACCCUAUUUCCCUGAAAGCAGAAACGUCAAACUCUUCACCAACGGACGAAGACCGCGGGGCUGGAUCCAGAUCCAGUUCUUCUUCGUCGGGAGAAGGUAUAGAGAAGAUGGCGCCUGCGCCUACAGAAGGGGAUGGAGAAGGAAAGGGGAGGGGGAAGGCUGAGACGGAGGGGUCUGGAUCGAAGGAGAGUGAUCGACCGGGCGUUGGGAAGUCGAAGCUUUGA